AGGAUCUGAUUUAUUACCACGGGAGCAAGGUUUGCAGUUACCGACUGGUCAUUUGUUUUUAAUCACAUUCUGUCAAACUUGUCAAAGCGUGUGGAAUGAUUUUUAGUCGAAAAGAUUUCUAAUGUCAGUCGUGUAACGUGUCGUUGAAUUAAAUCUGACUAUGGGAAAGCCCAAAGAGAUGAGUACAGACGAGGAAAUCAAUAUUGACACCAGCGAUGUAUUGCCUCAGAAGAAACACAAGAAGCACAAACACAGAAAGCACAAGAAACGAAAAUUGGCACAAGAAGAUAUCGAGAAACUCAUGGAUGCUGCUACGCAAGAUGCAGACAGGAAAAAAGCCAUCAGGCUCAAAGUGAAGAAGGAAGGAGAAAAAAUUUCUGUCGACAAGAUCCGGGACAAGACAGUCAAGCCACCGAUCAUGGCAGUGCCUGGACCAAGCAGUUCAACCUCACCUAAAGCAGCCUCGAAGAAAAAGAUUUCUAAAGGUAACAAAGGAAAAGAAAGUGGCACUAGUAGCGAAGAGGAACGUUGGCUCGAUGCCAUCGAAUCUGGAAAGCUUGAGGAAGUUGACGAUGAAUUGAAAAAAAUUAAGCCCAAGGAUCCAAAAUUAAUGACUGCUCGACAGCGAGCUAUGUUUGAAAGAAAGACUGACACAGAGCCCAGCUCUAGUGUUGAACAAUUAAUGUCUCUGCCAUCUGGGUACAAAGAAAAAGUAAUGACUGCUGAAGCAAUUCAGAAAGCUGCUCUUAAAUCCCAAAAGAGAAAACAACUGGCUGAUGAAAAACGAGAGAAAGACAAGAAAAAAACGAUGGAAAGAUUAUUGAAGAAACAAGAAUCUAAAGCUUCGAAAAUAAUGGGAAAGGGAAAGCCUUCAAGAAGACAAGUUCCACUAGUUAGCUAUCGUAUAACACUUGAGGGAAGCUCAAUCUCCUUACCUCCUGGUGAAAAGUUUCCUUUGCCUUCGACCCGACAAGAAAAACCAACGUCGGUUAUUCUUUGCGGUGUAAACAGCUGCAGAAAUCCGAAGAAAUACUCCUGUUCAAAAACGGGAAUACCACUCUGCAGUUUAGAAUGCUACAAAGCCAAUAUAUCUUUCCACUUACGACUUGUCACCACGUGAUGAUCAAUCAAUUCAAUUUUUUUUUUUUUUUUUCAUUAGUUGCAAUUCAGACUGGCGACAGACCGGAUGAACAUGAAGUUACCCAGAAAUGUUGGUGGGCAUGGCAUGGAAUUUUAUAUCAGUUCAAUUUUUCGGUACGUUGUUACAUAAGAUGGGAAUUCAUAAGGUGAACAAAAACGUCGAUAAGAUAAUAAUAUUUAUAACUUAUGUAACGAAAUGAACAUUAUAUUUACAUGUAUGCAAAAAGAAAAAAAAAAAAAAAUAAGUAAAAACUUCUUUCAACAUUUUUAUGGUAAAUUACAAAUUGUGUAUAUUAUCAUCCUUUGUGAGGUUGUUGUAAUAAUCAAUAUUACUAAGUAAUAUAUGUAUACUUUUUUGUUUCUUUUAUACAUGUAUAGGUAAUAAUAGUUUAUCUAAACAUCACAUUGGUAAAUUAUUUCUAUAUAUGAUCCUAUGGGUAUGUUUUUUUUUAUAUUAUUUUAUAGUUUUAUAACUGUUGAAUCUUAUUUUCAUAUGUAUGGUACAACAAUAUUUACAUAAUGAGUUUCUCGAUUUUUAAGUUUAAUCAAAGAUAUAAAAGUAAAAAUGAUAUUUAUAUUUUAAAAGCCUAAUAUACCUAUAAGUAUAAUACGAAUAACGUAUGAUAUUACAGAUCAGUAGUGUUGACAGGAAAUUACGAUUUUUUGUUUUUAUCAGCCGAUGCAAGAAUUAUGCUUUAAUCUCGAAAAGUUCAGUACUUCUCACUGUAAAGAAAUAGAAGAACGAAGAAUACACUAAACUAUUUGCAGCAAGCAAGAACUAUUCCGUUGAAAGUAUUAAAAAUGGAAAAAUAUAGUUCAAAUAUGAAAGUAUUAAUUGACGGUUUUACUUAUAUUUAUGUAUAGAUGCAUUUUGUUAUAGCAUCAAGUACUGAUUGGACAAUAUUUGAAGCGGAGAGAUAUCACUAUCACGUUCUGAAACUGCAUAUUUAAAAUAAAUCGUAAGACUAAAAUUUUACUCGAUCUAUUGCGUACGAAAAAUACAUGCAUUAGAAAAUAUUACGCAACUAAUAGAUAGCUUCAUUUUUUUUUUUUCAUAAAUACGAGUCGUUUACAAGCAUUGAAUAUAGAAUGAUGAAUAGCAUCACAAUAUCAGUUACUUGUAAGGACACACGUAAUAUCAUUUGAGUCCCAUUUGUGUAUUCAGUUUGAUCGCGGGUAAUUAUUCACUACGUUAUAUCAAAGUACCUUUGUUUUUUUCUUCACAUAUUUAUAAUAAUAACAAGAUUUUAUUAAAACUAACACUUUCCUAAUCAAAUCAAACUUGAACAUUCUUACAUAUCUUUUCUUCGACUUGAUUUCUGUCAUUCUAUACACGCAAUGAAUAGUAUUUAUUCAACUGCAUUUAAAUCGUUUUAAUAUCAAUCACACCGUAACUCAGUCUACAAAAAUUAUUUAGAUUGAACAUAAGAACAAUCAAGCACUUGCACUUCUUUCAACACUGAUAUAGAAGAAAUAGGAAAUAAACAAUUU